AAUUGCUCGUCGUGAGGAAAUGUUACGAGGUGUACCAGUCGGUGGUAUUGCUGGGGUACCUGUCUAUGAUAAUAUUGCUCGUGGUGUUGGUCAUGGUGGUGCUGGUGGUGCUGGAAGAUUGAGAGGAGAAAAUACUGGACGUGGUAAUGCUGCUGCUUAUGGAGGUUAUGGAGGACGUGGUGUAGCUGUCAAUCCUGGGCAGAUGCCAGUCGAUGAUACUGAACGUUUCAGAUAUUGGCGAAAACAGUAUUUUAAAUCUAUACUCACCAAUAGUGGUGGUGAUGGAGGAUCACGAAGACAAGGACGAGGAGGUAGACGAGGUAGACAAGGAGGUACACGAGGUGGUCGAGGUGCAUUUAAUAGUGGGAAAAAUGUCUUUUUUUUAUAAAAAAUUUUAUAUAGAAGUCUUAAUCAAAAAAAAAACGUGAUAUGGUUAACAAA